AACUAUGUGAAAAGUGUUACAUUUUAUUUAAUUUAUUUGCAAAAUCAAACGUAUGCAAAUUAUUGAUUGAUAAAUUGUUUCAGUUAUUACUUUUCGCAAUUUGUUAUCAUCAUUGGAUGUUGAAUCUCUAAAUUCAAAGAAAUGUUAAUUGCAAUCAUAUCCAUGGAGAUUAUUAAAUAACGUGGUUAACUCUAUGUUAUGUAAUGUUUCGGUUAAAUAAGUUGCAAGACUGGAAAACAAUUGCGUUUCCGUUGUUAGGGGUAACAGAGUAACAAACAUUGGAGGUUGACGCGUCGACGAUAAUGAUUUUGUCUCGAGCUAAGCCGGCUUUUAGCCCCAACGAGACUUCGGCGAAGAGCGCGGGUCGCGGGAGCAGCGGAACGAAGACCAGUUUACCACCCUUCGAAGAGUAUCUCGCAAAGAGAGAUUACACCGGAGCCAUCACCCUAUUGGAGUUCAAGCAAUAUGCGGAUCACAACAACCCCAACAUCGACUUGUGGUUGGCCUACUGCGCCUUCCACAAGGGCGAUUAUAAAAGGGCCUUAUCCAUCUACGAAACCCUCAACGCGCAGCAUCCUCAUCUUAAGAGCAUCGCUGUUAAUCUCGCCUGUUGCUACUUCUAUUUAGGAAUGUACAAUGAGUCUAAGAACGCUUUAGUGAACGCCUCGCCGAGUGGGUUGAAAACUCGCUUGAACUUCCACCUGGCUCACAAUUUAGGGGAUGAAUCUGCUUUGAUGGAGCAUCAUCAGCAGUUGCAGGACGUCCUGGAGGAUCAGCUCAGUUUGGCUGCAAUUCAUUAUUUAAGGGCUCAUUACCAGGAAGCUAUUGAUAUCUACAAGAGGCUUCUUUUGCAGAACAGGGAAAAUUUGGCUUUGAAUGUUUACGUCGCUUUGUGUUAUUACAAAUUGGAUUACUAUGAUGUGUCUCAGGAGGUUCUUGGGUUGUAUCUGAACCAACACGCGGAUUCCGUAAUCGCCACUAAUCUGAAAGCGUGCAAUCAUUUUCGACUCUAUAAUGGAGCAGCGGCUGAAAGCGAGAUUAGGAGUAUUGUGGAGCAAAGUGCUAACGCCGGUUUCGGUCAUGAUUUGGUUAAACAUAAUUUGGUGGUAUUUCGUAAUGGUGAAGGUGCAAUGCAGAUAUUUCCGCCACUAGUGGAUAUCGUGUCGGAGGCAAGGUUGAAUUUGGUUAUAAAUCACCUCAAGAAUGAGGAUACUAAAGAAGCAUACGAUUUGCUUAAGGAUUUGCAACCUGCGGUGCCGCAAGAGUAUAUUUUGAAGGGUGUUGUCAAUGCUUGUUUGGGACAAGAGUUGAAUUCGGCUGAGCAUAUCAAAACCGCCGAAGAGUGUUUCCACUUGGUAGGAAGUUCUGCGAGCGAAUGCGAUACGAUACCGGGAAGACAGUGCAUGGCAGCCGCCUUUUUCCUAGCAGGCCAAUUCGAAGAAGUCCUCGUUUAUCUGACUUCUAUUAAGAGUUAUCUGCAUUCCGAUGACACCUUCAACUUCAACUACGCCCAGGCGAAGACGGCGUGCGAUCAGUAUCGAGAGGCCGAGGAGACGUUCCUCCUGAUUCAGGAUCCGAAGAUCAGGAACGAUUACGUGUACGUCUCUAACUUGGCUCGUUGCUACGUGAUGAACGGGAAAGCGCAGGCGGCUUGGGAGCUCUACCUGAAGAUGGAAGCCACCACCGAGAGUUUCAACCUGUUGCUCAUGAUUGCCAACGAUUGCUAUCGCAUGGGCGAGUUCUGGUACGCCGCGAAAGCCUUCGAUAUGUUGGAUCGGCUGGAGCCGAAUCCCGAGUUCUGGGAGGGAAAACGCGGUGCCGUCUGCGGGGUGUUUCAGGGCGUCAUUGCGAAGAAGUUCCCGGUGGAUUUGUUGAGCGACGUGCUGCAACUGCUGAGGAACAGCACCUCGAAUCAGGCCGACCAAAUUUCGAAAGUAAUUAGGAAAUGGGCCAAAGAUAAUAGAAUCGUCGUUGCGUAAUUGCGCGUCCUUACCACACCAACUGCACUCGCAGUCAAUGUCGGCGUUGGCAAAUCGUUUAUGAAUUGAAUUUUAAAAUUCAAAAUUAUGCAAAUGCGAUCACGUAGGGUCCGAAUAUAAAUAGCCGCCGGCGUCGACGAGGUGUUAUCAGAAGUCCUCAAUCGUCCACCGAAGAUGAAGUCGUUCACUGCUAUCGCCGCUUUGGUUCUGUGCUGUUCCGCCGUAUUGGUAUGCGGUGAACCCCCGAGAUUCGGCUCGAGGUACAGGUCGCAGCCCCAGCAGGUCUACGGGCCACCGUCCACCACCGAGGUUCCCUCAACAACCCAGCACACGGACUUCGAGGAGGUCGGAGAUUUCGGAGCGGUUCCUGAGCGUCUGGUGAAGGCGAACCUGGAGAAGAACCCAAGGCCUGUAUACUACGUCCUUCCGGACGACCACCAUCACCACCACCACGACUUCAACUACGACCGCUUCCAUCACCACGAUCUCUACCACAAGUCGUUGCCGUUUUCUUCGAGGCUCCAGGCCUUCAACCCAAGCCAUUUCCACUACACCCCACAUUACAACCAUUUCUUUUAAAUUGUCUACAUAAAUGAUUUCUACUA